AUGUUUCGUGAGAGUGGGGGGAGCUCGGGAGUUUCUGUUUUGUUUUGCAGGUCUGGUGUAGGUGGGGAAUUGCAGUAUGCCAAAGCUCAACGAAGGUCUUUGCGGAUCGUCCGGAUUGGGCAUAAGACACUAGCUCUAGAGCCGUAUUCCAUGAAAACCAAGAGCUAUUCAAAAUUAGAGCAGAGGGAUCUCCCAAUCGGAGUCGUUUUAUCUACCUUAACGGAAGUCAAUUGCUCUGGCUUCAUGAUACUAUGCCAUUGGUGUCGGCCAAAGGUUGGUUGCUUCCUGAGAAGUGUGAAAAGUUUGCAGGAGGGAGGAGGAUUAGGAUAUGGGAUAACUCAAAUAUAUUCGAAAAGUGUAUCAAGAUUUAGGAGACUAAUGAGAAGGGACGCUCGUUUUGUAUCAUCACCCCAGCAGUGGAGUCUUUUUUCUGGUUGGUCAGACUUCAUAGCGGCAUUGAAAUCUUACUUGAAGCAUCCUAGAACUACUUAUACCUCUGGGUCGAGGAAGAUGGGUUUGGGAGAUACAGCCUUGGUUCCAGGAAUUACUUUCGCCAACAUGGUCAGGAAUAUGGGGUGA